AUGUUGUCAGCUGAACAGAUGGCCUUAUUCAAGGCGAAUGGCUCUCUCAUCGUUCGAGAUAUCUUCAAUGAUGCCGAGACUGCUGAAGUACAGAAGUGGGCGCAGGAAGUCCACGACUGGACGCCAACUGCUGAUUCUCAUUUCAUGCCCUAUGAGGAGAUAAAUUUUCGUGGAGAGACGGUUCUUUGCCGUGCAGAAAACUACGCCGAUAGCCACGAGGGGCUCAAUGAACUCCUCCGCGGCGAAAGACUCUUGGGGCUUCUGGAGGAAAUUUCAGGAGAGCCCAUUGGUGGAUUUGCGCCGCGUAUUAAUGCCGUGGCUUACAAUCACAUUAAAGAUGUGAAGCAUCUCACCAUCUUGCUUGCUGUUGACAAAUCGACCCUGGACAACGGAGGCCUGGAGGUUGUUGAUGCUAGCCACAACAUGGAUAUUCCCCUCGAUGUUGAAGAUCACUGCAUCACCAAUGAGUGGGUUGACUCCAUGAGUGGAAGCCCGUUGAGCUCGAGCCUGUUGCUCAUUUUCACUUCAUACCUGGCUCACCGCAGCGGGCCCAACCAUAGCAGUGAAAACCGCAAAGCGCUCUAUGCUACGUAUAACCGUCCCAGUGAAGGUGAUUUGCAUCAGGAUUACUAUGAACUGAGGAAGAAAGAGUGGCCCGCUACUCACAUGCGUGAGGAGGGAGAGCCAUAG